AUGGGUCGCAGAAAGAUUGAGAUCAAAGCUAUCAAGGACGACCGGAAUCGACAAGUGUAUGUUGAAACACCUCGCCGCUUGCCACCUCGUGUUGCCAACCCAACAACUAAUUCUGUCGUGCUUUUGCUUUGCAGCACCUUCCUAAAACGAAAAGGCGGCCUGUUCAAAAAGGCUCACGAGUUGUCCGUGCUAUGCUCGGUUGACGUUGCCGUUUUUAUCUUCGGAAAUAACAAGAAGCUGUACGAGUACUCAUCCACAGAUAUGCACCAACUUAUUGCCAAAUACCAAUUUCACGGUGCUCCCAACGAACACAAGGGCCCUUCGGAUUUUAACGGCGGCGAUGAUGACGAUGACGACGACGGCGAUGGCACACCCCCACGAAGCUAUGAAGGCUCUGAUCACCAAAUGAUGCCUCCCCAGUUCCACGGUCAUGGUCACAGUCAACCUCCGUUUGCUCACAUUCGCCAUCACACACCCUCAGCAUCACCUCCCGUGCCGAAUGGCGGGCCCUUUCAAGCACACCCGGGACAUCCAGGGCCUAGAGGCACCACUCCACAGCCGCCCAUGGGAUCAAGACCUGGUUCUAGGAAUGACGUGCGAAGAAUGGCGCCCAGUAACAUGGUGCCCCAAACUCAUGGUGCGCAUCCUGGAAUUACUUAUAUGCCCGCACCUCCAAUUUACCAAGGAUCAAAUCAGCCUGGCAUGAUGGGACAGCAACCGGCCGGACAAUACCCAUCAUAUGCACCCCAGCACCAACCACAACCCCAUCACCACCACCACCACCACCAACAGCAGCAGCAGCAGCAGCAGCAGCAGCCGCCUUACGUGGACGACAGGCGACCCUCUGCUCCGCCAGGGUAUGCUCCACAACCACCACCUCACGUAAAUCCCGUCAUCUCCCGGCCUGAGCCGUCACCGCCUCAUACCAGCAGUCAGCAACCAUUGGCGCCUCAACAUCCAGGAGCGUAUACUUCUCCCCCUUCGCAGCCUGAUCGGCGGCCUCACGAUCCUCCGCCUCCUCCGCGUGUUGAGCCCAAGACCGAACCUUUAGACCGCCAGCAAUUGGGGCCGAAUACUGACAUUGCCAUCAAGAAGCUGCCGCAAAGAAAGUCCCACAGCAUAUUUACGCCCAUCGAGGAGAACCGGUCUAUUUUGUCACAGCAUCUGGCCUCCUUUGCAAGCGAAGCUCAUGGGAUCAAGACAGAAUCGACCCGUUCUCAAUCUGUGGAUGCCUCAUCCCGUGGUGGCCCAUCGGCAUCACCACAGCUGAAGCGACCAAGUACACAAAACAGCCUCGACAAGACUCGAGCGGCAUCUGUCUCGUCAGGUCCAGAGAGCGCCUUCACUCCACCUUCAAGAUCAAACAGUCUCAAGAUUGGUGGUCCUGGCGGUGGCUCGCGACCCCGGGGCCCCCGUCUAACUGUUCAGAUUCCAGACGGGGCGUCAGAGCCAGGCAGCGCUGGUGGCGAGUCAAACUCUCCCCAUAACCCAGCGAUCACUCCAACUCAAGCCCCUCGGCCCGGCUCUGUUGUUCUUCCGCCGCCGUCUCCCGCGGCAUCAGCUCUGCUCUCCGCGGGUGCCACAGGGCCGCCGAAUCCUUUUGCUCGACCACCGCCGCAGCAAGGCGUCAACGGGGAGACACCAGUGUCGGCAUUGCCUUCACGAUUCCUCGGCCAUGAGCUUCUGCCGAGCCCGAGUAGUUUUUAUCAGGAAUGGAAUUUUCGUGGAAACGACAGCAACACGUUGCCCAGUCCACUCAACUUUGCAACGCCCGUUGUUGGCGCGGGGCCUAGCUUUCUGAGGGAUGACAACAGCCACGGCGGCGGGGCCAACAACAACAGCAGCACCACGAGUAACAACAGCAGCGGUAGCACAGCUUCUACCACGGCCAGUACCACAAACACUACAGCGACCAGCGGCACGGUGUCGACCGGUGUUGCGCUGAGAAUGGCCAAACGCAAGAGCACCGAGUUUGGAGGUGGAAGCCAAAGCGAAAGUCAAGAAGGUGCGGGGGGAGCCAAGAGACUCAAAGUCGACUACACAUGA